AGAAGAAGACUAUAACGCAACAUAGCUGUUGGUUCUUAUCCCAAAGCUAUGGCUGGUAGAGAGAGCGAAAUAGUCUUCAAAAAGGAGACUGUUAGCAGACUUUUGACUCAGUUCUUCAAGAACAACAAAGCCAAAGCCAGCAACGAUGCUGUCAGUCUGAUGGCUGAAAUGUUGAAAAUUUUUGUUGUUGAAGCAACACGCAGAGCAAUGAAACAGGCUGAGAAUGAGGACUGUGCUGCUGUGGAUUUGGAGCAUGUCGAGAAAGUUCUGCCUCAACUACUUUUGGAUUUCUAAUGCCAUGCUAAGAGUCACAGGAUGAGGUUGAAGUUUACACAGCCUGAAGUUUUAGUGCCAAACAGGCAGCUUGGACAUUUGCAAUAUAAUUUUGUCUUAGUCGUAUUGUAAAAUUACUGUUGUCUUAAAUAAAAUGACAGAUUUGAAUAAUUAAUACAUCUAAAAUACCUUAAGCAGAUUAAUUAUAAAUAAUGUAAUUGUAUCCUAUCUUCAGCACAUGCAGUUCCAGCACAUCUUGAACCAACAUUGUUCACGGGCAUGUUCACUACUACAAGCCAAAACUUUGUACAAACAUGUGGUUUUACACAUGAAAUAAAAACCAUGGAUGAGUUACA